AACCACCAUGUUUCCCGCUGAAGCUUAUCUUACCACCACUCCUCUCUUCUAACACUCUCAUUCACUCACAUAAAUACCAUUCAUUCCUUCAUUCCUCCAUCUUCAUUCCUUACGUUAGUUACUAUGCAUCAUCAUUUUUCCUCUGCAUUAUUCAGAAAAACCCGGUCUAUAUUAACUGCCUCUCAAUGCCACCGUCGAUUCGUCUCAACAAAUUCUAAUACCCAAUCUUCGAGAUUAAAAGAUCGGGAAAAUAGAGUCCAGUCGGUUUUUGAAUUGCUAACAUCUGGUGCGGUUGUUGUGGGAAUGAGCAUGGGGUUGUGUUACUUCAGUUCUGUGCCUCAAGUGAACUCGCAGUUUGCGUAUGCGGAUUCUGUUGAGCAAUCGUUGGAAACUGAGAAGAAACCGAAGUAUAUUGUUGCGGAUUCGUACCGGAGGAAAGUUUUCUUCAAGUAUGAGAAGAGAAUCCGGACACAGAGUCCACCGGAAAAGGUGUUCGAGUAUUUUGCAUCUUAUCGAUCUCCAACCGGCGAGCCAUUCAUGACUCCGGCAGACUUGAUGAGGGCGGUGGUACCCGUGUUUCCGCCUUCUGAAGCAACUCGCGUUCGUGGGGGAAGUUUGAAGGGGGAGUUGGCCCCAACUGAGUUACAUUGCCCCCCUUCAAAAUUCUUCAUGCUUUUUGAUACCAAUAAUGAUGGGCUUAUAUCCUUUGCUGAAUAUAUAUUUUUCGUUACGCUCUUGAGCAUUCCUGAAUCGAGCUUUUCGAUAGCUUUUAAGAUGUUUGAUCUCGAUAACAGCGGUGAGAUUGACAAGGAGGAGUUCAAGAAAGUAAUGGCGAUGAUGCGCGCUCAACAUAGACAAGGGUCUCGACAUAGGGAUGGGAAGCGUAACGGGCUUAAAAUUUCGACUCCUGUCGAUAAUGGUGGCCUUCUUGAGCAUUUUUUCGGGAAAGAUGGGAAACCGUGUCUUUCUAUCGAGAAAUUUGUUAAGUUCUUGAAAGACCUGAAGAAUGAGAUUUUGUUACUCGAAUUUGCUCACUACGACUACAAAUCAAGAGGCACAAUAUCCGCUAAGGACUUUGCGUUAUCAAUGGUGGCAUCUGCCGAUAUGAUACACAUCAACAAGUUUCUUGAUCUAGUUGAGAAACUAAAUGAUGAACCAACUCUUAACAACAUCUGCAUUUCAUUCGACGAUUUCAAGAAGUUUGCUGAGUUACGGACACAAUUACGACAAUUAUCUCUCGCCAUUUUUAGUUAUGGAAAAGUGAACGGGCUCCUUACGAAGAAUGAUUUCCAAAGAGCAACAAAACAGGUUUGUGGGAUUGCUUUGAGCGAUAAUGUGAUUGAUAUUAUAUACUACAUGUUUGAUGCGAAUCGGGAUGGAAACUUAAGCUCAGACGAGUUUCUACGAGUCUUGCAAAGGCGAGAGGAAGACAAAUUAGAACCAAGGGAGAUGGGGCUCGUAGGUUUAUUCUCGUGUUGGUUGCAAUGCACGAGAAAUAAUUGUUCCUCACCAAGGAUGCUUUUCUAGACUUUGUUUUAAACAAAGAUGUACAGUUGAGUCGAGUUAAGAUGUACCUAAAACGUGAUCUGUAGAUAAGUUUUAUGAUCUCAUUUCACGAUCAAACUUAGUACUCGCUCAUUUCCCAUGUUGUUUUUGUUCUUUGGGUUUCGGUUUAUUGGAACAAGAUUAGUGUAUCAUGUUUUUUGAGAUUUUACUUGGUGACUACAAGUUUAUUCAUAAUACGUGAAGAUA